AUGUAUCGGUGCCAAGACUGUCAUGGUGGAGAGUUGAUGUGUCCCACAUGUGCUGUGCAUAUACACGAGAGGCAGCCAUUACACAGGAUUGAGUGUUGGAACGGUACUUCGUUUCAGAUUACUACAUUGAAGACCUUGGGGGCCCGCUUUCAACUUGGGCAUCCCAUUGGUGUCCAAUGCAUCAAUCUGAUCCCUGCAUUCAACGACGACUUCGUUAUCCUUGACUGCAAUGGUAUUCACGAAGUCGGACUUGAUUUCUGUGCAUGCCAGUCUGCUCAGCCGCACAUCAUUCAGUUGUUAUGUGGUCACUUGUUUCCUGCCACAACAUCAGACCCUAAAUCGGCCGCCACCUUUCGCGUGUUAGAGUAUUUUCAAAUGCUGUCAUUUGAAUCUAAAGGAUCGGCAUGGGAGUUUUACAAUACUGUUGUUCGCCUCACGGAAAACAUAGGCACCCAUGUCCCCAAGAAUCAUUAUGAUAGUCUCCGUUGGAUGAUUUGUGAAUGGUGUUUUGUGAUGCAAAUGAAGCACUGCGGUCAGGGUCACCAUCUGGGGGGCAUUAAAGCAACAGAGGCCGGUGCUUGCGCCGUCUUAUGCCCUGCAUGUCCCCAUCCAAACAAGAAUCUACCUGUUGGGUGGGAAAAUUCUCCACCGGAAUUCCAAUUUUUAUAUGUGAUGUUCAUUGCAAUUGACGCCAACUUCCGACUGGUUCGGCGUAAUGUAUCAUCAGACGCUGUUGAUCCUGGGUUGAAUCAUGGGUACACAUUUUUCGUGGAGGAGACUGGGUACAAGGGCUUCCUGGCUUCGUGCAAUAGGGUGGGCAAUGCUCAGGAGAAGAGCACAUGUUCUAGCCACUCCGCUGUGAACCUGGCGGAUACGAGAGCUUCACGUGGACUUGCAGCAACGGGUGUAGGCACAGUUGAUUGUGCACGGCACAAUUUCAAGUACAUAAACAUGGAUUACCUUUUUUUUUCAAGCAUGCAGUCUUCACACGACAUUCACGUCCUCAAUAUAUCUUAUGACAUAGCCUGCCAGUGGAACAAAAACCUUUGGUCACACAUGUCAGCAUUCCCACAUAAGUAUCGCAUUGACCAUGACAACAAGCUCGUCACAUUCCUGGUUCCUAAAUUCCAUCUGCCAGCGCACAUCACCAGUUGCCAAACGAGGUUCUCAUUUAACUUUAUCAAAGGUGUUGGGCGGACUGAUGGUGAAGCUCCGGAGCGCGGGUGGGCAGAUAUCAACCCUAUCGCUACAAGCACCUGCGAGAUGGGACCUGGAUCGAGCCGAGACACUAUAGAUGAUCAUUUCAACAACUGGAAUUGGAAGAAGGCUGCAAUACCUGAGGCUGAAGAAUGUGCCGGUGAUCUUAAGGAGUUCGAGGCUGCCCUCGAUGCAGAUCAAUUAGCUGGAUGGCGGAAAGAGAUCGAGAUGUGGGAGUCAGACCGCUCCUUGACGAAUCUGUUUGAAGUCAAAGCAAGAACUACUGUGACCCAGGCUGCCAUGCAUCUGGCAUUAUCGAAGGCUGAGGUGGAAGAAAUCGAGUGUGUCAUCGCUCAUGCAGCUUCAUGUAGACGACGUGUUGAGUUUGAGGUGAAGACCAUCAGACAGCAUGCCACUGAUGCCCAAAAAGUCAAGAUACUCCAACAUAUCAAUAGCCUCCACCUACAACUUGACAUUCCCUCUGAGGACAAGGCCCAUAAAAUCAACCUCUUUCUCCCUUCAUCACUGCCCCCGACAUUCCCAUGUGACGACUGCUUACUAAAGUACGAAUGGGAUCUGCGUCAAGCGCAGGCCAACAAUGCUCUAAAUGACCUCCACACUGUCAUCAACAUGACCUACCACCUCUACAAGUAUAAGUACGCCUUCAUUCGAGCUAAGUACACAGCUGCCCGAGAUGCACUUCGGCGGAUACUGAAGCCACUGGACAGGAGAAAAGAUGCAGUCCCACUCAAACAUGACGAAGGGAAGACGGUUGGCCAACAGAACAUUUCAUGGAUAUGGAAAGUGGCUGGGGUAUCAAACAAUCAGGAGGAAGGAUUGCAGGAUUUAUUACGUGUGGAAUGGUGCAAGGUGCAGGCGCGGGCUCAUCGGUGGGAGGAGGAAGUCCAGCUCCUGCGUGAGGAAGUGUGUUGUGUUCUUGCCUUCUUGGAGUGGCAGGCUGGAUGGUGGGAUGCGCAAGGCUCGCAACACCAAUUUGGCUCAUCUGCAUUCACAGAGGGGGCAGUUGCAUAUGCACAUCACCAGGCAAUGCUAUGCCGGAGCAUGUCUGCGCGGUUCAGGUUGUUGUGGGAAGCCAUCCCCUCAUGA